AUGUCUCAAGUUAAUAAUGCAAUUUGGAAUUACUUUACCAAGUUUGGUAAAGUAAUUCCAAAUUGCAUUAUUAAAACAUCUCAGCAUCCCAUUCAAGCCAAAGCUUAUAUCAAGGCAAAGAAUGACAAGGUAGUGCAACUGGCUGCUGACAGGGAGGAAGUUGAAAAGGAGCUUGAUAGAUCUUCAAGUUUGAGAGGUUUCUUUCCAGCCACAACCACUAGUAAAAAAAGGCUGGAUAACCUUAGUAAAAAGUCUCCACCAUCCAGUCAGCAAGGUGAUCAUGAAAAACUUCAAGUAACUCUGGAUGAGUAUGUUAAGAUAACUAAAUGGGAUUCACAAAGCAGCUGUCAGCUUAAUUUUGAUACAGUUCUCACUCUGGCCUGGAUCAUGUCAAAUCUUCCUUUCAGCAUUGUGGAAACUCCAGGAAUGAAGUUGCUCUUGAACUAUUGGCACCAAAAGCAAUCAUAAAAUAUUGCCUAAAAUUAGGAAUCAAAAA